AUGGCUCAGGCCGCGGCCCGGCGGGCCCGGCGGCCGGCGCGCGCGUCGCUGCCGGCCGGGACGCGGGCCCGCUCGGCCGAGGACUGGUGGUGGGACCGGCUGGCGCCCAGCGGCUCCGGCUGCCACCUGAUGCAGGCGGACAGCAUGCUGCUCGUCCUGCCGGGCCUCGGGCCCACGCGGGCGCCCCGGCCCCGGCCCCGGCCCCGGCAGACCGCGGCGCCCCGGCCCCGGCCCCGGCCCCGGCCCCGGCCCCGGCCCCGGCCCGAGCCCGCGUCCCCGCCCGCGCCCGAGCAGGGCCCGGACCCGGGCUGGGGGGACCGCGCCCCCCUGGAAGUGCUGGUGCACAUCUUCGGGCUGCUGGUGGCCGCCGAGGGGCCCGCGCCGGUCCUCGGCCGGGCCGCGCGCGUGUGCCGCCUCUGGCGCCGCGCCGCCUCCCAGCCCGCGCUCUGGCACACCGCCACCCUGUCGCCCCCGCUGGCCGGCCGCGCCAAGAGCGGCGCCAAAGCGGAGAAGAAGCUCCUGGCCUCCCUGGAGUGGCUGGUGCCCAGUCGGUUCUCGCUGCUCCAGCAGCUGACGCUCAUACACUGGAAGUCUCAGGUGCAGCCCGUGUUGAAGCUGGUGAGUGCGUGCUGCCCCCGGCUCACCUUCCUGAAGCUUUCGGACUGCCACGGUGUGACCACGGACACGCUGCUCACGCUGGCCAAGUCCUGCCGGCAGCUCCACAGCCUGGACCUCCAGCAUUCCAUGGUGGACUCCACAGCUGUGGUGAGCUUUUUGGAGGCAGUGGGACCCCGAAUGCGCAAGCUGUGGCUGACCUACAGCUCCCAGACAACAGCUAUUGUGGGUGCACUGCUGGGCAGCUGCUGUCCCCAACUCCAAGUCCUGGAGGUGAGCACCGGCAUCCACCGCAACAGUACUCCGCUGCAGCUGCCGGUGGAGGCUCUGCAGAAAGCCUGUCCCCAGCUGCAGGUGCUUCGGCUGCUAAACCUGAUGUGGAUGCCCAAGCCUUCGGGGCGCAGGCCGGCUCUGGGUCCAGGCUUCCCCUGCCUAGAGGAGCUCUGCCUUGCUGGUUCUACCUGUGCCUUUGUGAGCAAUGAGGUCCUGGGCCGGCUGCUCCACGGCUCUCCCAGUCUGCGCCUCCUUGAUCUUCGAGGCUGUGACCGGAUCACGCCCGAGGGCCUGCGUGACCUCCCGUGUCAGGAGCUGGAGCAGCUGCACCUGGGCCUGUACGGCAUGUCAGACCGGCUGACUGUGGCCAAGGAGGGCAGCCCUCUGUUGACCCAGAAAUGGUAUCACAGUCUCCGAGAACUGGACUUGAGUGGCCAGGGGUUCGGUGAGAGGGACCUGGAGCAGGCGCUGGCUGCUUUCUCAGGCGCCCCUGCGCUCCCGGCCCUGAGCCGCCUCAACCUCAGGGGGACCCGCGUCACCCCCGGCAUGGUCAGCUCUGUGAUCAGCAGCUGCCCUGGCCUGUUGUAUCUCAACCUGGAGUCCUGCCGGUGCCUCCCGAGGGGCCUGAAGCGUGUCUACCGGGGCCUGGACGAAGUCCAGUGGUGUCUGGAACAGCUGCUCGCCAGCCCCCUCUCCGCUAGCUAGCUUGGCCCAGGCUUCUGAUAGGCCUCUCUGUGUCCUUCCCUGUUUUCUAUAUUUGAGCGUUUCGUUACAAUAAAAUGUUUCUAGGA